AUGACUUUAUCCAUGUGGUUUUCGAGCACGACGGUUUGUGGCUUCGUGAUGCCAUUGGUGAAGGCGAUACUGGUCGAGUUGGAAAAACGUCCGCGCGCCAACGGAUUUGACUACAUUCUACUUCCUUGGUGUUGCUUAUUCCUCUUCAAUAGGGUGCAAAAUAAUCCUAUUUUACAAGGCGGAAUGUCGGAAGACGAAAUUCAAUAUGCCCUCGCCUUUUUGAAAACUGAAUACGACAAACUGGGAAAAUUUUCAAUCCAUGAAAUGGUUGUUGGUGCGACGAUAGUUUUGACAUUGCUCAUACGAACUACAACUAGUUACCUGUUUCUAGUCGGUAAAAGCUCUGAGACAGUCGCGAAAGUGUGUGCUCCGACAAUCAUCUCCGUUGCCGUCCUGUGCGUUGCACCGAGAGACUUAGACUUUUUCAAAACCUUUAGAAAUUCUGUAAGUAGCGACGCGAUUUUCGAAACAUUCCAAAGAAAUCAUAUGAUGGAUGAAUUUGAAGAAUUGCUUCUACUCUUCAAAGGUGUCAACUCUGUUUGGGUCGUAACUACUGUAAUAUUAUUAUGCAAAGUGUUAACAGAAUUCGUUAGCAAUUCAACCCUGGUGUACUUCUUACUACGCCAUGUCGCUAGAGUGAGCGUAUUCUUAAGAAUACACCCCCAUUUUUUAAUGAGCAGCGCCGUCCUCGCAGCUGCCUUGCCCUUCCACACCACUUUGGGCACACCGGCGAACGCCCUCGUUUCGACGUACGUGAACAUUCCUCACAGGAAAAUGCUUUUCGCCGGUUCGGGGCUAUCGUUGCUAGCAAUCCUCGUGGUUUGGUUGACCACGGCUUUAUGGUCGAGGGUGAUUUGGCACGACAUCUCUGCGUUUCCAGCUUGGGCGAAGACGUACGUCGUAAAAUAUAUCGAUGAGUAA